AUGACUGAAUUUGUACACUACGAGGUUGUUCUCACUUUGAAGGAUAAUAGUACAGCAAGAGGAACUAUUUCUCAUGUUGACAAUGAGCUGAUCACCCUAUCCAAUGCCUUGACAUCAACAGAUAGAAAAAUUCAGCCAGUACUCAGUCUUUUAAAUACCGAGGUUGCUGAUUUAAAAGUGUCCCAACUUCCUCCGUUUAGACCAAAGUCCAAUGACCAGAAAAAGAACAAGAAACUGAAAACCGAAGACAUUGUGGAUGACGCAAUUGUUUAUUCAUCAAAGCCAUCUCGUUCCAAUACACCCAAACCAGAAAAAUCAAAGUCAAAAUCAAAAUCAAGAAAUGAAAGUUCAGACCUAGAGCCCGAAUCCAUUGAAAAUGUUAAAAACGAAGAAUUUGACUUUGCGGCCAAUUUGGCCAUGUUUGACAAAAAGGCCGUUUUUGAAGAUUUCAAGAAAAAUGACCACACAAACAUUAGUGACAGACUAGUGGGACAAAAUAAAGUGGACAAGCCAGCUAAACAAAAGAAACAAAAGUAUGAUAAUGAUGAAAUGGUAUUGCAAGACGUUGUCAAAGACAACUGGGAUCAAAUUGGCAAAUCCCUAGAAAACUCAAGGACCAACACACCAAAAUCUGAUGGUGCCAAAAAUCAGGGCAAAGCACAACAAAACUCCACAGAAACUAGAAACAGAAGUUACAAAUUGGUGAACUCUGCAGACUCAUCUUCCAUUCAAUCAGCUUCACCUGUUCAACUUUUGGAAAUUGAGCGUUUAUCAUCGGACAAUUUUGGUAUUACUCCGGCGAUGAUGGCUGAAGUUUGUGCUACAAACUUGAGCAAGCUAAUCAUUGAUCGAUGUCUUGGAGGAUCGGUUAGAUUGAGCAAUAAGAAAAAUCACAACUUACCUCCCUUGGUUCUUUUGUUAAUUGGUAGUGGAAGAUGUGGAAGCAGAGCAUUUGCUACAGGGCGUCAUUUGAGUAACCACGGUGUGAGAGUACUAGCAUUUGUGAUAUCUUCAGAUGAAUCUGAUUCUGAAUUGCAUCAUCAAUGGAGGAUAUUUGAAUCUGUUGGAGGUAAAGUUGUGACAUCCAGUUUCGACCUUUUAGUGGAUAUAAUACGAAAUCAGUUGAAUACACCAGUAGAACUAGUAAUAGAUGCCUUACAAGGGUACGAUGAUCACUUAGAGGAUAUAUUUUACGAACCACAAGACAAGAAGACUUUAUCUUCGUUGAUCAGUUGGUGUAACUCAUCGGAGCAAUCGAAAGUUAUGUCAUUGGAUAUCCCAUCGGGAAUAGAUGGUGGCUCCGGUAUGCCUGACGACGGGUUGAAGGUUGAUUGUUCGUGGUGUAUCUCAAUGGGCUUACCACUCAAUGGUCUUCUUUUAGCUUACAAAAACAAUUAUCUUAGUGAUGACAUUGUACACUAUUUAAUUGAUGUUGGUAUACCAAACAAGGUUUUUCAAACUAAACCAAAUUUGAGAAAAUUUGAUAACUUUUGGUACACAGCUGAGUCCUCAAUUAAGUUGGAUGCUGAAAUUCUGUAG